AUGUUUCUCUGUGGUGGUAAGAAACAAAAAACUCAAAUGAGAACUCUAGCACUUGAGUCUCAUUUAUUCACUUUAAGAAACAAUACAGAAGACAUUUUAAAAAUAUAAUAUAAUGCAGAAAAGAUGUAAUUUGAAAGUCAAGAUAAGGAAAUGCUAAUCAAAGGAAAAAAACUAUAAGAAUUGCAUUAAUUUAAUGAAGCAACAUUAGUAUAAUAGAUUGAGGAUUAAAUUGUUGACAUUGAAAAAGCUAAGUUAAAAAAAUAAGCAAAAUUAGAUGAAAUUUAUGAAAUGGAAAGGGAAAUCUUGUAAAAUGAAAUUGAGAUAUAGGUUAUUAAGAAUCUAAUAAGGGAUGAUGAAAAGAUUGUUAAAAACUUACAAAAAUAUGAUAUCAAAUUUGCUCUAGAUCUUCAAGAAAAAUACAGGUAAAGCAUAGAAGAGAUAGAGGAAGAAAUGUCAUAGAAACCUGUUAUGAGAAGUGAGGGAUCUGCAAAUUUUUAGAAUCCAUAAUAAGUUUAGAGAAGAACUUCAACUUCUAGAGCAAAAUUAUCUAAUGAUUAAGAAUCUUGA